GGAACUCCUCCAUUGACCACAAUGUCUGAGCAGUUGAUCGAAUUAAUGCUACAACUCAAGAAAACUACGCCAGCCGCGGCAAAGCAGAUAUUGAACAGCCAGCCUCAGAUUGCUUAUGCGCUCAUGACUCUCAUGGUUUCUAUGAAUGCUGUCAACUUUGAAGUCUUCCAGAAAACGCUAGCAGAAUUUUCUCAAGGAGCAUCCCAGCCGCAACCUCAAGCAAACCCCCAACCUCCUCCUCCACAAACCUACCAUCGACCGACUCCUCCUAUUUAUUCUCAGCCUCCCACUAGUGCUUAUCCUUCCUAUGCAUCGUCGACCCCCGCCCCUGCCAUAAACCCUGCUAUUCUCGCCGCAAUACCCGAUGAUCAAAAGGUUAUGGUCAUGCAAAUCUUGUCAAUGACACCUGAACAACUUGCUUUAUUACCCCCCCCAAGAUCGGGCCAAUAUCAUGCAACUGAAAAGUACUUUUGGACUUUGAUAUCAUCACCAAGCUCACCCCGUGAGGAGAAAAAUUAGAAUGCAGAAGAGCUUAGCGCUGCACAGCUCAGCCAGGCGAGUCCUAGCAGCAUUUAGUAAAAACGGAGGGUAUUCCGUCUGAUAUCUCUACUUACAGUACAUGCCAGCACAUAAGUAUCCAUGUACGAAUUCAUUCAAAUAUGGACUGUAGUAUAUGCAGGCGAUGGGAUCUACUUUGGUAUACCUGGUGUAGUUCUGGACAGUUAGGCACUUGAUAUCGCGUUAUCCAGUUUGCACUUUGUAAGAAUCUGAUCGUGGGAUUUAUCGGUGUACAU